AUGGGCGCUGCCAAGCAGCUGGCAGAAAUCCCCCUGAGCCAGGUCAGGGCAAACUUCAACGACGCCAAGAAGGCCAAUGGCGGCAGAGACCCAGUGAUCAGGCCCUCUUUGCUCGACAUUCCCACGGUCAACAAGGACACUGGUCUGCCAACGCUGUCCAACGCUUUGGAUGGCAUUGGCAAGUGGUUGCAGAGCUUUGGUCAGGCACCCACGGUCAAGCUGGCGCAAGGAAGCUACACUGGUCUGCGAUCCAACCCCAUCUUCCAACAAGAGUGGUUCUUUGGCAUCCCCUUUGCACAGCCGCCCACUGGCACCAACCGUUUCAAGUCUCCCAUGAAACUGGCAGCCAGCAGCGCAUCCUUCAACGCCACCACCCCUCCUCCCGCCUGCCCUCAGCCCAACGGCUACCUCGUCGACUUUGGCAACCCGGCCAACACUCGCUCCGAGGACUGCCUGAACCUCAACAUCUGGUCGCCCGUCGGUGCAAGCUCUGGCAACCUGGGCAAGCUGCCCGUGCUGUUCUGGCUGUACGGUGGCGGUGAGAUUGGUAACUGGGCCAACGCAUACAACUCUAGCGCCCUCGUUCUGCAAUCCAUCCUUCAACUGCAACCCAUGAUCGUCGUCACGCCCAACUACCGCGGCAACUCGUUCGGCUUCCUCGCAGGCGAACGUGUCUCGAGGGGUGAAGGUGGCGCCGUGCUCAACGCCGGUCUGCAAGACGUCACUGCUGCUCUCGAGUGGACGCGCGACAACAUUGCUGCUUUCGGUGGUGACCCCAACAAGAUCACCCUGGCUGGUCAGUCUUCCGGUGCCUUCAACGUCGGUGCUCAGAUGCUCAAGGACGGAAAGAACGCUGGCGCCAAGCCCAUCUACCGUGCUGCCAUCAUGCUCUCCGGAUCCCCCGCCACCGAGCCUGCACCCAAGUCCGACAGCGCCUUUGCCGAGGAGAACUACAAGCGUGUGUGCGCUGCUCUUCAGCUCGGAAACCGAAUCAGCAACGAGCAGUACGACUGCACCAUCGACCAGCUCCGAGGCGUCGACGCCAUCAAGCUCGGCGAGGCCGCCUUCUGGCCAAGCACCACGCCCAACCCUUCGAUCGGAUGGAUCCAAGGACCUCGCUACUACGCCGGUAACCAGCCUUUCCAGCCUACUCAGGAUGGCGUGUACCACCGUGACGGUGCCAUCGCUCAGAUCCGCCGUGGCGAGUGGCCAGAUGUGCCUCUCCUCACCGGUAACGUUCGUGACGAGGGCACCAUCUUUGUCUCGCACAGCAUGGAUGCCGCCGGGCUGGCUGGCAACCUCAAGACCAUCGGCUUCACCGACCCUACCCAGGCGGGCGUCGAUGACUUGGUGAACAAGAUCAUUGCGGCUUACCCCGACGACCCUUCGCAAGGUGCUCCUUACUGGCCCGGCUACACGUCCAAGACUUCUCGCUUCGGCAACGGCAACCAAUUCGAGCGUCUCGCCGCCAUUCUGGGUGACUUUGCUUUCGUCAGCAAGCGUCGCUUCAUGCUCAACGCUUACGUCGGUGACGAUGGCAUGAAGGGAAUGAAGUCUCCAGUCUGGUCCUACUUUUUCAACGAGACGUUCAACAUUCCCAACCCUCAAGACUGGGUGGGCAUCACCCACGGUUCCGACCCUCCAGCAUGGUUCGCUGCCUACAACUUUGCGCCCAACCUUCCUUACCUGCCCGCAUCCGCAGUGUCGUACCAAGCUUCCAAGAGCAUGGUCGCCUUUGUGAACAAGAUGAACCCCAACGCUUUCGGCAACCUGAACUGGCCUCAGUACACCAAGAACAACAAGGUGCAGAUGGUCAUGAACGGUAUCCCUUCCAUCAUGGGCGACACUUACCGUCCCCAGAUGAAGAUCUUCACCGACGACCCUGCCCCACGCCUUUCCAACAACUAA